GAGCUGUGUGAAUGGACAAGAGACAUAGACGGAGAAGGGCCUGUUAACUCAAUCUGGGAAAAACGAGCCAGUCCUGCUGUAAAGGAACCAAGAAUAACACAGAUUACAGAACAUGGCCCUGCCCUCGGUGAUGGUGUUGCCCCUGGUGAUUGUCGUGGCGGCGGGGUUAUACUACAUCUACAAUAAAGUCAUGCACUUCAUGUCCAAGUCCUUAGUGCGAAACAAAGUGGUGGUGAUCACUGAUGCUGUGUCCGGGGUGGGAACAGAGUGCGCCCAUCUUUUCCAUAAGGGCGGUGCCAGGCUGAUACUCUGUGGGAGUAGCUGGGAUAAGCUGGAAUCUCUGUAUAACUAUCUGACUGACGAUGCUGACCCCAGAGAGACGUUUGCCCCAAAGUUGGUGAUACUGGACUUCAGCGAUAUGGACAGCAUGGAGGAAGUGGUGGCUGAGUUGGUGGAGUGUUAUGGCUGUGUGGAUAUGUUGAUCUGUAACAGCAGCAUGAAGCUGAAGUCCCCGGUGCAAAGUGUCUCCCUCCAACUGGAUAGAAACGUCAUGGACAUUAACUACUUCGGCCCCUGCACUCUGGCCAAAGGUGUUCUUCCAACGAUGAUAUCAAGAAGAUCGGGGCACAUUGUGCUGAUCAACAGCAUCCAGGGAAGACUGGCUGUCCCAUUCAGAAGUUCAUAUGCUGCAUCGAAGCAUGCGGCGCAGGCAUUCUUCGACUGCCUCCGUGCUGAAGUGGAGGAGUACGGGAUAGUUGUCAGCACCAUCAGUCAUACUUUUAUCAACCCCAUGGAGCCGCCGCCUGUGAAAGGGGACACCCCUAAAAAAAACACCCUAGCUGCAUUUAUCACCAGCCAGUUGACCCAUGGUGUGUGCCCAUCAGCCCUGGCCAAUGAGAUUAUGCAAACGGUGAACAGCAAGAGGAAGGAGGUCGUGCUGGCCCACCCUAUCCCCAGGGUGGCCCUCUACCUACGUUCCCUCCUCCCCUCCUUCCUAUUUGCUGUGCUGGCUGCUGGAGUGAAGGACUUGGUCGUGGAUGAGUAGAUUAAAUUCAAUUCUGUUUAUUUUGUCUAGCCCAAAAUCACUAAUUUCAAUUUUGCCUCAGAGGGCUUUACAAUCUGUACACAUACAUAUAUAGAUGCAGUUGGAAAAAAUCAGAAAUGGAAUCAUCAAGAGAUAUGAACUAAAGCUUGUAAAGGUAGAAAUGUACGAGUAUGUGCUUAUGUGUUGGUAAAGGCUGGAUCACCACUUGAUCCAGCCUUUACCAAGCCCAGGCCCCUUAGAGGUCUGUGUGGCAGCUGUGGGGGUGGGGUCUCCAAUUAGGCCUCGGCUGCUGGCUGAUUGGUAGUCAGCCAGCUGCUCUGGCUGAUUGGCAAUCAGCUGGCAGCCGACGCGGCUCUCAUAAAACGAGCAGUUGAGAGCGGAGUGGAGAGAGUGAGCAGAGGCGCCGUCGUGCGAUCUGCUGAGUGAAGUGCGAAUUGAAUAAAGCAUGUUCCCGAAUA